AACCAUAUCGUUGAAUCGUAUCUGAUCUAAAUGGGUCUGUUUUGAGGUUCGGAGGCGAUUUAGUUCUGUAUUUAUCCAGAAAUGCCACCAAAAUUAUCCAAGCAUCCCGCAGAGAGCAAGGGGAGGAAUAUGUCGCGGUAACUAACCGAAACGCUUCAGGAAAUAAUUCGAGAUAGGUGCUUGUAGCAAUAGAGAAAGUGAUCAUGUUUCAGGUUAUUCAUUUCCUUCGCCGUACUAGCACUUAUUUCUCUCCAGACGACGUGCGGGGUUUCAACAAAUCGACGGAAACAUUAAAAGGUACAUGGAUGCUGUCGCAGUGAAUGGGAUUCAGCACAUCACAUGAAUACUAAAGGACAGAAAAGACAAUUCACGAAUCACCUUCGAAAUGGAAAUAAACCGCAACAGAACUUGUCAGAAGAUUAAAAGCCAUCGAAAGAAUACACUAUACUAGGGCACACUUGUUCACUCGGCAUGUUAGUGUUACUAUGGUGAGGAGCGUGGGCUCAUUCCUCGACUGAGCCCGCGGUUUUUAAAAACAUGUGAUACCAAGUUGGACGGUCUCAACUGUUCAGUAUACUGCGAGAAAGGCAGCAUUUCGUUUACUAUAAGGUCAAGGCUGAUAUGGGUGAUCAAGGAAUAGGACGAAUCGUCUCUGACACAGAUCUGGCCCACAUGGUCAUUUUAAGGGACGAAGGAAUAGUUUCGGAACUAAAUCGUGCCCGUAGCGAUUGUCCUACAGUUGAAAGUGUUCAGGGGAACGUUCCUGUGAAAAGCCCUAGGAGAGGUUGCAGACUGCACCUGAGGUGCCAGUGUCUUGCUGAAAGAAAUUUCCCACGGAAUGCGUUCACACCUCAAGAUUCAAUUAUCCUCAAUAUAGUGCGGUUAGAGAACUUAGCCAAUAGGAUUCAUAUAGAGCACCAGCAGAUGCAGUAGAUUCACAGUCCUCAAGAUGGCUCGCCUUGGAAAGAAUGCUAUGUGUUAUUGUUUUAAAAAACUGAAUCAAUCUGUUGUACGUGAUAUAUCGUUUUAAUAAAUGCACUUGAAUUCGCUUUUUGCACA